AUGGCCCCAUCGAAGAAGACGAGCAACGGCCGGUCGCCGAUGGUCAAUCCGCAGCGUCAGAUCACCGCAUUCUUCGGCAAGAAGCCGGAAUCGUCGCCCACUCCUUCACCUUCGCCAUCGCCCAUUCUCUCUAAAAGGAACCCUAACCCUAGCCCAAGCCCGAGCCCGUCGACUCCCUCACCUAUGCCGCCUAAAAGCGGAAAGCCCGUACUCGUUAUCAGCCCGAAUUUGACCUCUGUCUCACCGGAAAAUUUUAGCUCCAAUAAGAAAUUGACGUGCAAAAAGCCCUUUAUUGCUGUCACCCCGAAUUCGGCGUCUGCCUCACCCGAGUCUCGGAGCUCCGAUGAAAAAUCAUGCGGGACUGAUGCUGUUGACAGGAGGAUCAAGGUGUAUUGGCCGUUGGAUAAGUCGUGGUAUGAAGGCUGCGUGAAGUCGUUCGACAAGAUAUCCGGGAAGCAUCUGGUGCAGUACGAUGACGGGGAGGAGGAAAUGCUGAAUCUUUCGGAGGAGAAAAUUGAGUGGAUUGAGGAGCCGUUGAAGAAGAAACUCCGGAGGCUUAGAAGAUUAUCGGUAGUUGAAGACGAUGAGGACAAUGAUGGUGGUCUUAAUGAUGCCAAAGAAGUAGAAGAUGAUUCCAGUGAUGAGGAUUGGAAGGGAAAUGAUGAAAAUGAAGUAUUAGACGAUGAGGAAGGUUUGGAGAAUAUGGAUUUGGAGAUGGAAAAAGAGGAAUCUGGAAAGGGUGGUCUUGGGAAGAAGACGAGCUCCCCAAAAAGGAAUAUGAGUGAAAAAGAACAAAUGCCGUCGGUGGGCAACAAGAAAAACAAAUUUGGUGGAGGGUUGAAAAAUAGUGCUGCAGAGGUCUCAGCUGCAGAAAAGUUGACUGAGCCCAGUAAAAGAUUUAGUCCUUGUAGUGAGAAAGCAUCUCUUGUAGAUAGCUCCAAAGUGGGAGAUGAUGCAGACAGAUUUGCCAGUCGAGAAGCAGAUAAAUUACAUUUCCUUGAUGUAAAUCGUAAAGAUGCAAGCGGAAGGUGCCCUGGGGAUGUAAAUUAUGACCCAAGAACCCUUUAUUUGCCGUCGGAUUUUGUGAAAAACUUAACUGGUGGCCAGAGGCAAUGGUGGGAGUUUAAAUCAAAGCAUAUGGAUAAGGUUCUGUUUUUCAAGAUGGGCAAGUUCUAUGAGCUUUUUGAAAUGGAUGCACAUGUUGGAGCCAGAGAGCUUGGUUUGCAGUAUAUGAAGGGGGAGCAACCUCAUUGUGGAUUUCCGGAGAAAAACUUCUCAGUGAAUGUAGAGAAGCUGGCCAGAAAGGGAUAUCGUGUUCUUGUUGUGGAGCAAACAGAGACACCUGAACAGCUUGAGCUUCGUCGAAAGGAAAAAGGCUCUAAAGAUAAGGUUGUGAAACGAGAGAUAUGUGCUGUGGUUACAAAAGGCACUUUAACAGAAGGAGAAAUGCUUUCAACCAACCCUGAUGCUUCCUAUCUAUUAGCAGUGACGGAGGGCUGUCUAACUUCCACAAAUCAACAAGGAAUUCACAUAUUUGGUAUCUGUGUGGUUGAUGUUGCAACGAGCAAAAUUAUCCUUGGACAGUUCAGGGAUGAUGCGGAUUGCAGUUCAUUAUGCAGUUUAUUAUCUGAGUUGAGACCAGUUGAAAUUAUAAAACCUGCUAAACUGCUUUGUCCUGAGACUGAAAAGGCACUGUUUAGGCAUACAAGAAAUCCUUUGGUUAAUGAAUUGGUUCCUUUUUCUGAAUUCUGGGAUGCUGCAAAAACUAUUCGUGAGGUUACGGCUAUCUAUCAACGAGCUGGAGGUCAUUCACAUUCAAAGAGUGAAGUAGUUGCUCAAUCCAGUGAAUCUUUAUUGGAAAUUGAUGGUACAAACUGCCUACCUGAUGUAUUAUCCAAUCUUGUGAGUGCUGGUGAAAAUGGAAGCCAAGCACUCUCAGCUCUUGGUGGCGCUAUUUUCUAUCUGAAACAAGCUUUUUUGGAUGAAACUCUUGUCAGAUUUGCGAAAUUUGAAUUGCUUCCGUGUUCUUGUUUUGGUGAAAUAACUCAAAAACCAUUUAUGGUUCUUGAUGCAUCUGCACUGGAAAAUCUUGAGAUAUUUGAGAACAGCAGAAAUGGAGAUUCUUCAGGGACACUAUAUGCUCAGUUGAAUCAUUGUGCCACAGCAUUUGGUAAAAGAUUACUCAGAACAUGGCUGGCAAGACCUUUGUAUCAUAUUGAGUCAAUUAAAGAACGCCAGGAUGCUAUUGCAGGACUGAAAAAAGGAGUAAACCAACCACAUGUUCUUGGCUUUAGAAAAGAGUUAUCAAAGCUUCCCGACAUGGAGCGUUUGCUUGCACGCAUCUUUGCUGGCAGUGAAGCUAAUGGAAGGAAUGCAAACAAAGUUGUUCUUUAUGAGGAUGCAUCUAAGAAGCAGCUCCAAGAAUUCAUUUCAGCUCUACGUGGAUGUGAAAUGAUGAUGCAUGGAUGCUCUUCACUUAAAGCCAUCUUAGACAAUGUGGAGUCGAGACUGCUGAGUCAUUUAUUAAUGCCUGGCUGUAGGGAUUCUGAAGUUCAUUCAAUUUUAAAGCAUUUCAAAAAUGCCUUUGAUUGGGAGGAAGCCAAUCAGUCAGGACGAAUAAUACCUCGAGAGGGGGCUGAUGUUGAGUAUGAUGCAGCAUGCCAAAUGGUUAGACAUAUUGAGUCCAAUCUCCAAAAACAUUUAAAGGAACAGAGGAAAGUACUUGGAGAUGCUUCUAUUUGUUUUGUCACGAUUGGAAAAGAUGCAUACCUUUUGGAAGUGCGUGAAAGCUUAUCACAGAGCAUUCCAAAGGAAUACGAGUUAAGAUCAUCUAAGAAGGGCUUCUGCCGCUACUGGACUCCAGUGAUUAAAGAUUUGAUGAAAGAGCUUGCUCAAGCUGAAUCCGAGAAGGAAGCAAAGUUGAAGAGCAUUCUCCGGAGACUAAUUGAACGAUUCUGCGAGAAUCACAUUAAAUGGAGACAAAUAGUCUCUACGAUAGCAGAACUGGAUUGUUUAAUCAGCUUGUCCAUUGCAACUGAAUAUUAUGAAGGCCAAACUUGCCGUCCAAUUAUAACCACAAUACACCAUAAUGACUUGCCAUGCCUUAGUGCUAAGAGUUUAGGACAUCCUGUUCUAAGAAGUGAUGCUUUGGGAGAGAGUACUUUUGUUACCAAUGAUGUCAUGUUGGGUGGUCCUGGUCAGGCUAGCUUUAUACUCCUUACUGGUCCCAACAUGGGUGGGAAGUCUACCCUUCUACGCCAAAUUUGCUUGGCUGUGAUUCUGGCCCAGAUAGGAGCAGAUGUGCCUGCCUCGAGUUUUGAAUUGUCUCCUGUAGAUCAAAUAUUUGUUCGAAUGGGUGCUAAAGAUCAGAUUAUGGCAGGCCACAGCACUUUUCUGACUGAGCUUUCUGAGACUGCAUCGAUGAUGAAUUCCGCAACCCGCAAUUCCCUCGUGGCAUUGGACGAGCUGGGACGAGGCACAUCAACGUCAGAUGGGCAAGCGAUUGCCGCAUCAGUUCUUGAACACUUCGUCCGUGAAGUACAAUGCCGAGGGAUGUUCUCUACACAUUACCAUAGAUUAGCUGUUGACUACCAAAAUGAUCUGAAGGUCUCCCUUUGUCAUAUGGCUUGCCAAGUCAUAAAAGGAGUUGACGGUCUGGAGGAAGUAAUUUUCCUCUACAAAUUGACACCUGGUGCAUGCCCCAAAAGUUAUGGUGUCAAUGUUGCUCGGCUAGCUGGACUUCCCGAUACAGUACUUCAGAAGGCAGCAGCUAAAUCUCAAGAGUUUGAAGGAAAUUACGGGAAGAGAUUAAGAAAACUCAACUCCACCACUCAGAGAUGGGAUGACGAGUCCUCUUAUAUCAUUGGCAACUUGAUCAAAUUUACUGCUGCUAAUGAUUUUCACCCAGACACCAACAGUUCGGUUGUUGAUUCUUUGGCAAAUCUGCAGUAUAGAGCAAGGCUGCUUCUAGAACAAUAUUGA